CCAAACUCCAGUCCCCACCUACCAACCACAGCUUGCCGACCACUCUCUCUCCAUCCUCCAAAGCUGGUUCCCGCCGUCGCCCGACGCUUUCCGGCGAGAUCUGACGGUGGGUAUAGAGCUACUAAGAGCAAUGGCGCCACCCAAGAGACCGCUAGCCAAUGCCCAAGUGAUCUUUCUAGUCGUGCAGAAGGUUUUAUAAGUUUAAAGGCAGUGGAAGGUGUGACGACCACAGCUCUGCUCCUCCAUGUGCAGAGUUUGAUGAUUCACAGUCAUGGCUUUGCCUCUGAUUAGGUUGCUUCCCCACCGGUUCAACACCAUCAGGGCCUUUGUAAACGCCAAGGUAAAAUGGGUCAGAGAUCCAUACUUGGACUACGCAGUUGAAAGAGAGAAAGACCUUAAACAAGUCAUUUCCUUCAAGAACCAAAUCAUCUCCAACCCUUCCAAGUCCCUCCCUCUCUCUGCAGCCUCUUUGCUCAAACCCCACCUCAACCUCCCUAUCACAUCCUCCAAAUUCUUCCAGAAAUACCCCUCGUUCUUCUCUGUAUUCCAGCCCUCCCCUGGUCUCCCGCCCCAUGUCAAGCUCACUCCACAGACCCUCUUGCUCCACAAAAAGGAGUCAACCAUUCAUACCUCCAUGUCUAACAAAUACAACGCCACUAAGCGACUUGCUAAGCUUUUGAUGCUCGCCGGAGUGACCAAAUUGCCCAUGCACCUGAUUAACAGGUUGAAAUGGGAUCUGGGUCUUCCUCAUGAUAUUGUGGGUACCCUUCUUGCUGAUUUUCCUGACUACUUCGAGGCUUGUGAAGUUGGGGAUGCGGUAACUGGUAAAGUAGAGAUUGCUUUGGGUCUUGUCUGUUGGAGAAAGGAGCUUGCUUUCUCUCAAUUGGAAAGAAGGCCAAUAAUGGUCUGUGCCUCGAAUGCAAAAUUAUCGAAGCACAUUGGGUUUCCAAUGAAUUUUCCCAAGGGGUUUGAUUUGGAAAAUAGGGUGAAGGAUUGGGUUGAGGAAUGGCAGGCAUUGCCAUACAUUUCGCCAUAUGAAAAUGCAACCCAUCUUUCACCAAAUAGCGAUCAGGCGGAGAAGUGGAUGGUGGCAAUGCUUCAUGAGGUUCUUUGUCUUAUGAUUUCCAAGAAGACAGAGAGGGAAAAUUUGUUUGUUUUGGGAGAGUAUUUGGGGUUCGAAAGGUCGAGGUUAAAAAAGGCUGUGGUGCAUCACCCAGGAAUCUUCUAUGUUUCAAAUAAAAUUAGGACACAAACUGUGGUCCUAAGGGAGGCAUAUAGGAAGGACUUCUUGAUUGAGAAGCACCCAUUAAUGGGUAUGCGGUAUCGAUACAUUCACCUAAUGAAUAAGAUGCAAAGAAGGGAUGAAGCGACUCUUGUUUCGCCUUCUGGUGGUUGAAGACAGAUUUCCAUCUGCUGAUGGUGGCGGUAUAGAAGAAGAACUAGGAGAGCAGACAGUGGGAAUGGCUCUUCAGAUGCUGCGUUUUAAGAUUGUUGUAAUGCUGUGAUGAUAUGGAAAUAUGAGGGAGGUUGUAGGGAGAUUGAUGUGAUCAAUAUAAUUCUUAGGAGGCUUGAUGUUGGUGCUACAGAAGUAGGAAAUGCUGAUCGGGAUCUCAUGCAAGCCAAGCUAGUAUUACCUCCGGUGAGAGGAUGUGAGUUGUUGGAAAUUCAGCAGUUAGUUUCGAGUAAUAGUGGAAGGUGAUUGUCUUGACCAAAAAAAGGGGCAGGUGGCAUUAUAAUAAGCAUCGACAUUGCAUCAAUUUGAAUGUUUCUUUCUUUCUUUCUUUCUUUCUUGUUUCCUUUUUCUUCAUACCAAUUGCAUUCUUUCCCCAUGGUUAUCACAUUAUUCCAUUAAGGGUUUUAAGUCUCUGUCUAGUUGGAGUUAAAUCUCUGCCUAAUCUGAAUUUACGUGUUCUCUGGUUUGGAAUUCGAUGAUUGUAUUACUUAGUGUUUUCUGCUCCUUGA